GAACUAUUUCCUCAAUCUGUUGGCGGCGAUACUUCCGAAGCUCCGCCUUGAUUUCUCCGCCGUCGCCAGAGCCUAACCAGAGACCAUUUUUGGCUAUUUAUCGCCAUCGGAUUCAGGAUCUCCGCCGCGCUCCACCUCCACUCGAUACGCAACGACGCCGUUCACCACUCUCCCCGGCGGCAGAAGCAUUAGGUUUUACUGCUCAAUAAUCUCUGUGUGAGAAAUCAACAAUGGCGCAGUCGCUGAAUCUCUUCAUUUCCACACCUCACACCACAAAGCCACUCAUCUACCGCCGCCUCCCGCCUUGCACCGCCGCCGUCUCCCGAUUUCCGUUCGCGCAAAACCCUAGCAAAGCCGCUCUGUUCGUCAAAGCCUCUGCUUCCGAUCCGAAUCCCUCGAUUUUAACAACCGACAACGGCGCCGGCUCCGCGGCGCUGCAGGAGAGCCUCCGUGUGCCUGCGGUGGUUACGGAUUCCGGCUCGAUCGACGUCGAUGCGGUGACGGAGGCGGAGCUGAAGGAGAACGGUUUCCGGAGCACGCGGCGGACGAAGCUCGUCUGCACGAUUGGUCCUGCUACUUGCGAGCCGGAGCAGCUGGAGGCGCUGGCGGUCGGGGGAAUGAACGUUGCGAGGAUUAACAUGUGCCACGGCACGAGGGAGUGGCAUCGGGAGGUGAUUCAUAGUGUGAGAAGAUUGAAUGAGGAGAAGGGAUAUGCAGUGGCGAUUAUGAUGGAUACUGAAGGAAGUGAGAUUCACAUGGGGGAUCUUGGCGGUGCUUCCUCUGCUAAAGCUGAGGAUGGUGAAAUAUGGACAUUCAGCGUUAGAACUUAUGAUUCAACUCUUCCGGAACGCACUAUACAUGUGAACUAUGAUGGCUUCGCUGAAGAUGUUAAAGUAGGCGAUGAACUUCUUGUAGAUGGUGGAAUGGUAAGGUUUGAGGUGAUUGAGAAAAUUGGUCCAGAUGUCAAGUGUCUCUGUACAGAUCCUGGUCUACUGUUGCCUCGAGCUAAUCUUACAUUCUGGCGUGAUGGAAGCUUAGUUCGAGAACGAAAUGCAAUGCUUCCUACGAUAUCGUCAAAGGAUUGGUUGGACAUUGAUUUCGGCAUUGCUGAGGGUGUUGAUUUUAUCGCUAUAUCUUUUGUAAAGUCUGCAGAAGUUAUAAAGCAUUUAAAGAGCUAUAUUCAAGCACGUGCUCGGGAUAGUGACAUUUCUGUGGUUGCAAAAAUAGAAAGCAUAGACUCGUUAAGAAACUUAGAAGAAAUAAUUCAAGCUGCGGAUGGAGCCAUGGUGGCAAGAGGAGACCUGGGUGCGCAGAUCCCGCUGGAGCAGGUUCCAUCUGCACAGCAGAGGAUAGUCCAAGUCUGCAGACAACUCAAUAAGCCAGUAAUUGUUGCGAGUCAAUUGCUUGAAUCGAUGAUAGAGUACCCAACACCUACCCGAGCUGAGGUAGCUGAUGUUUCCGAAGCAGUUCGUCAAAGAGCAGAUGCUCUAAUGCUGUCUGGCGAGUCUGCCAUGGGCCAGUACCCUGAGAAAGCAUUGACCGUUUUGAGAAGUGUUAGCUUGAGGAUUGAGAAAUGGUGGAGAGAGGAGAAGCGUCAUGAAGCUACCGACCUGCCUGGUAUAGCAUCUUCGUCUGCAGAUCGCAUUUCUGAGGAGAUUUGCAAUUCAGCUGCUAAGAUGGCCAAUAAUUUAGGGGUGGAUGCCAUCUUUGUCUACACGAAGUCUGGUCACAUGGCCUCUCUGUUGUCUCGCUGCCGACCCGACUGCCCAAUUUUCGCAUUUACUACAACCACCACUUUACGCCGACGCCUGAAUCUCCAGUGGGGUCUAAUACCAUUCCGUUUGAACUUUUCUGAUGAUAUGGAAAACAAUCUCAACAGGACUUUCUUCUUGCUAAAAGCACGGGGAAUGAUCAAGUCAGGGGACCUUGUUCUUGCUGUCUCUGACAUGUUGCAAUCUAUUCAAGUCAUGAAUGUCCCGUAAGAGGUGGUUUCACUUUUAUGUUCCAAGGUAGCGAUCAAAUGGGUAUUUAGAGAAUACUUAUUCGAGCAUUUCUGUUGACAAGAGAUUCGUAUGGAGCAAAUAUUAAGUGAUGCAUAUGUAUGUCGAGGAGUGAGAUGUAUCCCCUCCCUUUUUUUGGUUUCUCAUGUUUAUGAAGUUUAAUUAUGUUGGAUUGUUGCUUUGAUCUGUUGAGUGAGAAGUUAGAUUCUCUUUAAAA